GUGGCAGCUCUCCCGGCUGCUUCGGGCGGUCGGAAUGCAGCGCGGGGUGCGGGCGGGGGCCGCUGCUGCCGCCGCGACGUUCGCUGCUGCCCGCCUCGCCAGUUCGCCGCGCGCCACACGACACGACUGUUGUUAUUACGAGCGCGCCGCAACAUCUCUCCCGCCCGCACGCUGGAAACGGGGUCUCAAUUUAUUGAAAAAGAAAUGGUUAACUGCAAUAGUGAUUCAAACGAAGCCACCUCAUCAGAAAUUGCAGCCAAGGGCGACAUGCAACUGCAAAAUGUAACCACAGAAGACUCUAAGAAACACUGCAGAAAGAUGCCUCGGCCGAUACCACAACUCAUUCCAUUAACUUCCACUCCAAACCCAAAAACACAAACAGGUGAACCACCUGCCAAAAAACACAAAGAAGAUACCGAAACAACUGAAAAUUCCAUUCUUAAACAUGAUACUCAGACAAUGGAUGUUACAUUAACGCCCGUUGUCAAUAUGCCAGGAAAGGAACGUAAAAAGAACGAAUCGUUUUUCGAUAGAUUAAAGGAACGUAUACUCACUGAAACGGGAGAACACGGGUCUUUAAUAUGCAAAAAUUGUGGAUUUGAAAGCAAAUGCUUGUCCGAACAUUCAGUUCACGAAAAAAAUUGUGUCACUAAUAGAUGCUCAACUAAUACAUUACUUCCGAAUUUAGGUUCUACAAGAUGUCAAAAUUGUCGACAUAGGUGUAAGUCUAGUGCAGAUUUAGUAAUUCAUUUAAAAACAUGUGGCAAAGAUAUGAAGAGGAGUGAUGAAAAACAUGAAGACAUACAAAAUCAAGAUAGUAAUGAAACUUCAAAUAUAACUGAGAAGGAAACUGAACCGCAUCCAAUGGAGAACGUUGUAUUCGUUUGGAAUAAUAUCAAUACAGAUUCGAACAAAUUCGACACGCCACUUGAUAUUAACAUCAACGAUGAUUCAACAAUGCCAGAAAACAAAUUUCUUGACUCAGAAAUUGUCGAUGACAAUGAAGCUAUGAAUCUAUCACCGAGCCAAGCAGUUGGUAAGAGAGUUUUUAAAUGUCCCCACUGUUUGUUUUGGGCAUCAACUGCGUCACGAUUUCACGUUCAUAUCGUUGCGCAUUUAAAUAGAAAACCAUUCGAAUGUUCACUGUGUAAAUACAAGUCCAAUUGGCGUUGGGAUAUCACAAAACAUAUAAAACUUAAAUCAGCUAGGGAUCCUGACCACGCCGAAGCACAAGUACUGAUGACAGAUGAAACAGGUCGGCGUAAUUAUAGCAAAUAUAACAAAUUCUUAGCUAUGCCCGUGUUAAAUGACAAAGGAGAGAAUGAAUUUCAUUAUAUUGAUCCUAAUACUCCGUUGGAUGCCAGUUUGGAUGAUGAAAACCUUUAUGAAGGCAACGAUAGCGUAAAUACUCCAUAUGAGAGUGGACAACCCCUUAAUCUUCAAACGUUAAAUCAAAAUAGAUUUGAUAAUGAUAACUCUAUGAAAAAGGCAAAGAAGACUAUUUGGAAAUGCAAAAAGUGCAAUUACAAGGAUUCAUCAAAGGACGCUUUACUGGAACACGUUCGAGAACACGCGAGAGCUGAAGACAACGACAAGUCUCAAGUGAAGAAAGCAGAAACCGUAAUAGAUCCGGCUGAUUUGGCAUAUAGAUGUGGACAUUGCAAUCAGUUGUCGAAUUGGAAACAUGUUAUACAAAGACACUGCCGCUUGAAGCACGACGGAAUUAUCAACGUAAUUACAACACUGAAGCCCAAACCAGACCCGAACGCACCGUCGAACGAAAUGAACGGUGACAUGUGCACUAAGUGCCCAUUUAAAACUAACGACAAGAAUUCGUUAAUAGUCCAUCUACAAAACCAUCAACCCUCGCCACAGUCUAUAUUCAAAUGUUAUUUCUGCCCCUAUUUCGUUAAAGACGAGCAAGAACUCAUUCAACAUCUCGUAUUACAUGGAGUAAACGAUCCAGAAGAAUAUAUUUCAAAGGCUUUGGGAAGCAAAUCACCUCUACCAGACCCAUUUAACUCCCAACUCAAUCUUAAUAUAUCGGCUGUAGCCAAACGACACAAAUGCAAUGAAUGUCCGUAUGAGACUAACAGCAAAUCUCAGUUUAUGUACCAUGAACAAUUUCAUCGACUUUCCUCCGCUGAUACGCCGUAUAAGUGUUCACAGUGCAAUUAUAGUGUAUCUAAAAGGCAUUUGCUUAGUCAGCAUUUGCGAGUACACGCUGGACAAAGAAAGAGCGAAUCGGAUAUAGAUUUAGAUUCCAAUGAUAGUGAUGACUUACCAUAUGUAUGGGUAUCGGCUAAGGACGAGUUCCAUAAAAUGUAUAAAUGUCGAUAUUGUUCAUACGUAAAUGCAAGAAAAUGUGAAAUACUUUAUCAUGAACAGAUACAUUUUGUCGUUUUUGAAAACUGUGAUAUCACUAUAUAUAAAUGCUUGGAGUGCAAGUUGACUUGUUCAACUAAAUUACAACUCGCUAAUCACUCAAAAACACACGCUGAAAUAUACGGCCGUAUCUACUGUCUUGUAGACUUUGAUAUUCCUGAUGAGGAACAAAUAGCUAAAUUAAGAAAAGUCCUCGAAGCGGAGAAACACAACAAGACUGAUGAUUUACCCAGAGAAGACGCCGUGUGGGGCGAACGGAAAGAAAUUAAAACUAUGUACUUCUGUCACAAAUGCCCGGCAAGAUUCUUCUCCGAAAAUGAACUAAAUAUUCAUUCUAAAUUCCACGAUUCAACCUUUCCACAUAAAUGCAAAACUUGUGAAUUCUCCGUACUCCAUGAAAGUGAAUUGAUGGAACAUAAUUUUGUUCACACAGAUGAAUAUAACACAAAGACCAAAAUGCUGAAAUUUAUACACAACUUACAUCCAGAUUACAAGGCACCUCGUGUACAAUUCAUCCACUGUCCAGUCUCUUCUGAAGGCUCCUGGGUCGUUGCAAAAAUUAACAAUAUAGUUGACUACACAGAAACUACCACUAAAAAGCAUUCCGAACAAAAACAUACUCCUAAACAGUACCCGUGUAAAGAAUGUCCUGCAAAAUUUUUCAAGAGUUCUGCAUUGAACUAUCAUGUGGGCUUACACGGAGGUGAAGGGGACCAUAAGUGCAAAAAAUGUAGUUAUACUGUUAAAAAUAUCGGUAAUCUCGCAAAACAUGAACUCUUACACGAAAAUGAAGGUAAAGCCCCAGCGGGUGACUAUGAGUCUGGGGAUGACAUGGACUAUAAGAAUGUUCCCUUAUCGGGUACUGAUUUAUUUCAGCGAAAGACUGAGGCUCAGAAACGAGUACUUACCGAUAAAGAUAAGUUAGUAAGGCCCAAUGAUCACUUCCCUCCUGUUUUACAAGCUGAUCCACAAUUCGGCUACUUGAUGCACGGAAACCCGGAAUUUAUCUAUCCAACUUAUUUAAAGAAUGGUAGACAGAAAGAAAAAAGAUAUAAGUGUCACAAAUGUCCGUCUGCGUUUGAAAAACGUGAACAAUAUAAGAUUCAUUUAUCAUUACACGGUUCGAAGCAGAGAUAUAAAUGUGAAAUAUGUGAUUAUUCAGUGAAGUAUUAUGCAAACUAUGUUCAACACAUGCGGAAACAUCAAAUGAAUGAUGAAGCCCAAGCAGAAAGGAAGAAAGGCAUGGAUGGCUUUACCGAAAGCGAGAGCGAUGUAAAUAAAACGAGUAAAGUGGAUGACAAAGGAGAGCAAAUAAAAUUAGCUAUCAAAACAAUGCCUACGAGGGUGAAAAGUGAUUUUCAACAAUUUUCAGUUAGUGAUCAACAAACACUGCGUUUGCUACAACGCCGGCGAUCUGUUACUACCAAUGAGGCCAUACAAAAUGAUACUUCUCCUACGAAAGAUCGAAAAAUGCAUAUGUGUCUUCUGUGUCCAUACACUAAUCAACGCCAAGAUGCUCUUCAUAACCACUACAAAAGGCAUGGAGAUAAUGACGUCUACGGAAGUAACCAUAGAUGCUCAUUUUGCGAUUUAGUAGUAAUUCAGUCCCACUUUCUACGAGAACAUUUCAAAACACACUUCAAUUAUAUGAAGAAUCUCACCCCUGAAUGUUUUAUCGCCAACGAAGACGUCAGUUUUACUGUUAAAUACGAAGACGAUGAAAAUAUCGAGCCGUCUGACAUUAAACUAGAUAUGCAGAAAAGAACCCAAGUAUUCGAUGAAAACAAAAUUUUCGUCAAAAUACAGACUGGAGAAGUCGUCGAUUGAUCUGCUACAUCAACAAAUUGUUUUAAUGUCAAUAAUUCGUUGGUCAUAGGAAAAGUAAGAUUUGAUAUUGAUAUCCAGAAUGUAAUGUGAUAAUUUUAUUUUAUACCUAAGAAAAUAGGGUAAUAAUUAUUAACGAUACCAACAAUGCCAGUUUCAACUCUAAUAGUAAGAUUAAAAAGGUAAGAAUAAAAGAAUGUAAUAGUUCUAAACUAUAAACAGAUCUUCAAAUGCAGUAUAAAUGUGUUAAUCAAUUGGUAAAAGCUGGCAUCAAUUUGGAUGUUUUUAUUUAUUACGAUAAGGAUUUUAGAUUACGCCAAAGUAUAGCUUGCCAUUUUAGAAUAGGGUUUUGAAAUAAUGUUACUUGUCUUCUUAGCGUGAUCUUAUCAUUAUUACAAAAAAAGUUGACGCCGCUUGAACCGUCCACUUUAUUAACUCGAAUUUAUCAUCCAAUGCAAUUAUUUCAUUUCUAUUAGUUAUUAAAAUCACAACACAUAUUAGACACAGUGGCUAAGUGAUAACGAAAAAGGUGUUUAUUUUACUUCUCAAUUGUAUAGAGAAGCCUUAUACAAUGAAUUAAUAAUGAAUCUGCCUUUCACUGCGACGGUUUUAUCAAUCUUAUGUGUAUAGAAUAUUCAAAUGUUCACGUAAUGUAUGUCAUUAUUUUUAUCGUAAAAAAAUGCUUUGUAUUUAAUCUAUCGCAAUUAUGUUGCUCUUAUCACUUACUAUAAUAUAUUUACCUAGAUAGGUAUUAAACAAGUUAUUAAUAAAAAACGUCUUGGUUAACUUCUGUAUCGUAUAUUAUAUUAAGACAGUUCUUUUGGUAGCUACGUUAAUAAAAACGUGUAAUGUUCUCAUUUAUUUCAUGUAAUAUUUACAAUCUACAUCAAGUUUUUAAUUCACGCAGAUAGGAGUGACAAUAACUAAAAUUAAAAUGGUACCUGAGUACAAAAGUACUCUGGUACCAAAUAACUAAUACAGUUAAACUAUAAUAAAUUUUACAGAUUAUGACACUGUUAAUUCUUAUAAGUAUAUAAGAAUUUUUUAAUAAUUUAUUUAAGGUCAUUUAGGUACUUAUUAAGAUAAAUAAUAUUAUAGUCCUAAAGGACACAUUCCAAUAACAAUUAUUAUUGGUAAAUAUACUUGUGAUUACAU